AGCAAACACAUCAUACUCCGUGACCUCUAUCAAUUAGCCAAUUGAACAAUGGAGAACUAUAGCCACAAGAAAUUCACUGGAGCCCUGAAGCGAAAGCGCAGCCAGGAUGCGGACUCCGAUGACGAUGUGGUCUUCAUCAUGGAGCAGCCGGGCCAGCGGACUCCGGAGCAGCCACAGCCGAAGCGUCGCUUCUUCCGUCCCUGGACGGAUGAGUCCGCCGAGAAGGAGCAGCCACAGCCGCCUCGCAAGAUUGAGGCCAGAGCAACACCACCACCAGAUGCCACCUAUCACGCCAACAUGGUGCGCAACCAUCACAAGCGCCGCCAACGCAGCCCCCAGGAGCAACUGCGUCGGGAUCGGAACACCUUGGCCAGCCUGCGCCACCGUCGCUCCCAGCAGCAACAGCAGCAGCUCAUCGAACAGCAGUACUUGACCAGCCGUAUCCAGCACGAGGCCCAUCUGCAGCAGCAGAUUCGCCUGAGCCUCUACUACGUGCGCUUCCUGCAGCAAUCGAUGGCUUCCAUGCAGCCUCUGCCUCCCACACAGCCAAAGCAGAUGAUCCCGCCCCAACAGACCACCACCCAGCAUCCUUGAAGGGUGGACAUUAUCGUAGAACCCCGACCAGGCGCUGUCCACGCGCUUUAAAUUAUUGUAACCUAGUCGUAUAGCAUUGUGAUCACUUUGA